UCUCUCUGAUAAAUAAAUAAAAAAUCUUUAAAAACAAAACAAAACAAAACAAAAAAAACACAGAAUUCAGUUCCUGAGCAACUUUGGCCCUACAAGCAAUAAUGCCACUAGUUGGCAGUUAAUUCUCACAAAAGUAGAUGAACCAGACAAUCAUGUGUACCCAGAAAAAAAGUGACUAAGGGAGGAGCGAAGGAUCAAAAAGGGAAUGAGUUAACAAAACGCCACGUAGUUAUUUGCAAACUAGCACAAAGGUGAAUGUGGUUCAUGAAGCUCGCUUGAUUCAGAAGGGCUGAAAUAGGGGCAAAGAGCAAAAGACAACCAACAGCGAAAGCAAGGAUUCAUGGGGAACAGGCAAACAUGAGCAGUUAUUUAGAUUGAUCUACAUCACUGGCCUGUUAGCUGUGAAAGAAGAAUCAGCCAAAGGGAGUGAUUUAAAAUCCACUGCAGGUGAUUGACCAGCACUGCUUCUGCAACAAAAGCCUAGACUCAACCACAUCUUGGGAAGAGAAUGGCCACUACCUGGGGGGCAGCCUUUCUCAUGCUGGUGGCAUCCUGUGUUUGCAGCACUGUCUUCCACAGAGACCAGCAGACUUGGUUUGAGGGUGUCUUCCUGUCUUCCAUGUGCCCCAUCAAUGUCAGUGCCAGCACAUUGUAUGGAAUUAUGUUUGAUGCAGGGAGCACUGGAACGCGAAUUCAUGUUUACACCUUUGUGCAGAAAAUACCAGGACAGCUUCCAAUUCUGGAAGGGGAAAUCUUUGAAUCUGUGAAGCCAGGACUUUCUGCUUUUGUAGAUCAACCAAAGCAGGGUGCUGAGACUGUUCAAGGACUCCUAGAGGUGGCGAAAGACUCAAUCCCCCGAAGUCACUGGAAAAGAACACCAGUGGUCCUGAAGGCAACAGCAGGACUGCGCUUACUGCCUGAACAGAAAGCCCAGGCUCUGCUUUUUGAGGUAAGGGAAAUCUUCAAGAAGUCACCUUUCCUGGUACCAGAUGACAGUGUUAGCAUCAUGGAUGGAUCUUAUGAAGGCAUCUUAGCUUGGGUUACUGUGAAUUUUCUGACAGGUCAGCUGCAUGGCCACAGCCGGGAGACUGUGGGGACCCUGGACCUGGGGGGGGCCUCCACCCAAAUUACGUUCCUACCCCAGUUUGAGAAAACCCUGGAACAAACCCCUAGCGGCUACCUCACUUCAUUUGAAAUGUUUAACAGCACUUAUAAGCUCUAUACACACAGUUACUUGGGAUUUGGAUUGAAAGCUGCAAGACUCGCAACCCUGGGAGCCCUGGAAACAGAAGGGAUUGAUGGACACACUUUCCGAAGUGCCUGUCUACCAAGAUGGCUGGAAGCAGAGUGGACCUUUGGGGGUGUGAAAUACCAGUAUGGUGGCAACAAAGAAGGGGAAAUGGGCUUCGAGCCCUGCUAUGCUGAAGUGCUGAGUGUGGUCCAAGGCAAACUUCACCAGCCAGACGAGGUCCGGAAGAGCUCCUUCUAUGCUUUCUCUUACUACUACGAUCGCGCUGUGGACACAGACAUGAUUGAUUAUGAAACGGGGGGUGUUUUAAAAGUUGAAGAUUUUGAAAGAAAAGCAAGGGAAGUGUGUGAUAACUUGGAAAACUUCACCUCGGGCAGUCCGUUCCUGUGCAUGGAUCUCAGUUACAUCACAGCCCUGUUGAAGGACGGCUUUGGCUUUGUAGACAGCACCGUCUUACAGCUCUCAAAGAAAGUGAACAACAUAGAGACAGGCUGGGCCUUGGGGGCCACCUUCCACCUGCUGCAGUCCCUGGGCAUCUCCCACUGAGGCCAAGCCCUUCUUCUGAGGACUGCAUUCUCCAACAACCUUUCUAAAAGUAGGAGAAAGGACUCAGUCAUGUUCUGAGCCAGUCUGAGGAUAGCCUGGCCUGAAGCCUCGCAGCUGGAUUCAUCAGGUAGAAGGGGCUUUUGGACGCAAGUCUUGCCCUUGAGUCUAGAGAUUUGGGACUCAUUAAUUUUAUACAUUUAAUGUGAACUGUUGACCUAACCACUCUGCUUGCACAGCUGGCACCAGAAUCUAAAGCUUUGAGAUUCUUCGUGUGUCACAAAGCCAAAAGCGCUUUGGAACUUAACCUUGGAGAGCCUAGGGACAGGUCCUUGGGAACCAAAGAAAAAUCUCAUUUCAACCCUUUGAGUGCCUCAUUCCUUUGAACAUACUCUUUUUCCUCUUCCAUGUUAAACUAAGCCCACUGAUUGCAGUCUCAUGAGAGGUCAACACCAGUAUUUUUCUCCUCCUCAUACACAUUGCUGUGUCCCGCCUUUAUUUCCACCCAGCUCCCCUAAAAAAGAGAAAGAAGAAAAUGUCUGCUUUUGCUUUUCAUGUGUAACUCAAGGGGGGAAAAGGUAACGAAUCUGAAAUUAUGUGAUCCUGCUUUCUGCCAUUUCCAGCCAGACAGCUGAGAGGCAUCCUAAAUCUUGGCGAGAUGGGAGGGCAGCUCCUAGCUGUGCGGACCCCAUCUUAGAAACAGAGGACAGCCAGUCUCUAAGGACAAGGUUUGGGAGGGGUGGCUUCCUUGAAUAGACCACCCUCUUUAAUCAACUUUUAAUCGACACCCUGGGAUUAACUACCACAUCCAACUUCACAGGACUGUGUGUGUGUUCAGCGCCCAUACCUCCUCCCAGGGCUAAUGCAUUUAAUUUCUCAUCCUAAAUGUGUUUUCUUUGUAUUUCUAAGAUCUGGCCUCUAGAUUUUGGUCACAGCUCCUUUCAGGUUGUCCUUUUAUUCUCCAUUAUUUAGCAGUACCUCUUACUGCCCUGGUGCUGAUCAUUUUAGCUAACUUCCUGUAAAUUGUUUGCCUAGUUCCACAGUUUCUGAGAUCCUUCUUGGUGGUACCUAAUGUUUGAUUUGGUUGGACAUUUGGGCCCACAUCAGUAUGGUGGAUUUUCUUUCUGAGUUUGAGUGCUCAGAACUCUUGAUUCUAUGAAUUAUUUUCCCUAAAAGUCAUUAUCUUGGUUUUUUUUUGUUUUUGUUUUUUUUAACAUGACCAUUAUCUGCUGCUUCUCUACCCACUCGAGUGCUCUUGGACUUGAAAGAGCUUUCUAAAAUCUGUCUCUUUUGCCUUGGCUCCUUGCCUCCAGCUUUUUCCCAAUACAGUUUAUAUAAAUCUCCCCAAACUUGUAGCCUUCACAGUAGAUUCUUUCAUAUCCUUCAGAAAAGAUGGUAAUAUACCUGGCCCUCACAUUAGCUCCUGGGGAACCUUAUUUUUUAGUCUUUCCAUUGAGUCAGUAUUUGACAUCUGGUAUGUGCAAGUAACUUGGCAAAUUUCCAUAUCUUUAUCCCCCAAAUUUUAGUUAUUUUUAAAUAGGUUGUGGAAUUUCUUCAGAUUCUUCCAACUUUUACUAUACUGAUGUCACCUUUACUACCUGUUGUCUUUCUCAAAAAUGCUACAUAAUGAAAUAAUAGAAUCUUUAGGAUUAGGAACAGCCAAAGUUCAAACCCAAUCUUAUGCCCAUUGAAGAAUUCCCUCAACAUAUCUGACUGGUUAUCAUUCAGCUGCUGUUUAGGGAUGUGUUCAGAAGCUCACUCCAUUUUUAGACUACACUGAUGUUUGAAAGAAAAUCCCCUUUAUAUUGAGCUCAAAUUACCUAUCUUCUCAGUGGUCUUAGUUCUGCUCUAAUCCCUCCUUCCACAACUUUUCAGUCCUUUGGGAAAGCUCCCAAGUCCUUUAUGGUCUCUUCUUUAACAUACCAUAUGGCUUCUAGACCCAUCUUUAUCCAAAAAAUUAGGGUGUUAGAACCAGUCAUCAUACACUAAAUGUUGUUUCAUAUGAUCAGGGAGAGAGACCAUUUCCUCUAGUAGAAACCAACUUGUUUUCCGAGAGGUAAACUGUGUUCACUGGACUCGUCCAGCUUGAUGGCCCAGAGAGCUAAGAUCCCAUGGUGUUUGCCAGCACAGCUUGUCUCCGAAGCCUAUGAACACGGGCCGGGUACUGUUCGGCAACUCCUUUGACCAUCCCAGGUACCUUCAGAAAUCUUGGGUAGAUGCAGUAAAAUUCCAGAAGUGUAUCUACAUAUAUUCUGAUUAUCUUGAUGAGAAUAUCUAGAGAAUUAAUUUAUCCAUUUUAGGAGCAGUUUGGAAUGAGAAUUUUUAUUUCUUAGAAAAACCAAUUUUUCUAUAAUUGUCCUUAUUUCCCCUUAGUGUACCUUUUGGGCCUCUUGUUAAGGGGUCCUACAGAAUCUAAUAUUGCUGGUUGUUCCCUCUCUAUAAAUGUGUUUUAAUGUUUCUAAUACUAAGGACAUGGCCAGGCACGAGUGGAUGUUCUGUGUUUGUUACCAUCACUAUCAAACGAAGAACAUCCUCUGUGGUUCGUGGAGGUCCUUGCAAAGUGUGCCUUAAAUUCUUCCUGUCUUGCCGGAUUUGGUUCGUGUACUUGCAGAGUCCAUGAUAUCCCUACCUUGGUGGGCUACCUUUCUAUAUUUUGUUUAAAAUGACCUUUUUUUCCCCUACAGUGACCUUUCUGGACUCUGCCUGUACUCACAUGGCUUUUCACGGUAAUUGCCCUAUUCUGUCUGGGCACAUUUCUCCUGAGAUCACAGGAAGGUUCAUGACUGUCACUUUUUUAGCAUCUUAAAAAUAUUCUGCUUUUGCCUGUAAAGCUACCCCUGUGGUAACAGAUUUCUCAUUCCUUCAAAAAUUAUUCUAAAAAUAGCUUAGUUUGGCCCAAAAGCAGACUGUUUCUUCUCAUUUCAUCUUCAAAUCAGACUUUUGGGCAAGGUGUUUUUUACAGUGUACAAAUCCAGUGGAUGCACAAAUCUCUUUAAAAGGAUUCUCUAGUACUGUGAAGUGAGGUUUUUCAAAAACCCAAAGCAAGAUACCCCUUCCCUUGCAAGUCAGCCACCCGUCUGCAGCCACACGUGAAAACAGAUUCUGCUGCUAAUUGAAUUUCCUUUUUGACCUGGUUCCUUUUGUCAGACCUGUGCAAUUAAAUUAUUUAUUGUUUUAUUACAGAACAGCCAAUAGUGUCCCAGAGAGAAACCAUAAAUAAAAUUGAAACCUGGUGCUGUGAUAAGGAAAUAAUUAACAUUAAGAAGAUUUCUUUUUCAGAAAGUCCCAUGCGCACCUUUAACAAAGGUUAAAGUAAUUUAUGUUUCAUCUGCAUUGCGUUAGGAAUUUUAAAAGAGCAAUUUUAACAAAAAUGCAUGAAUUUGGUAUUUUUAAUUUUUAUCUUCAUUAGAAGGCAAUUGUGUAAGUUUAUGACUGGCAUUAAAAAGAAUUACAUAAAUCUUUUUUUAUUAUAUAA